AUGCUUUUUGCCGUCUUGGAAAUAUUGGUCUUAUUUUCUUCAGUGCAUUCAUUUUCCUGCUCAUCUGGUUCAGAGCAAUUCCCGCAAGAGAACAAAUGUCUCUACACAAUUGGGGAAAAUCAAUUCUAUUCGGGAGCGUUGCGUGACUGUUUCAAAAAAGGUGGCUCGGUGGUGAAGAUUGGAAACGCUCUCGAGAAUAGUUUCACUUUCAUUAAAUUGGCGCAAUCAAACUUUUCCCAAAUUUCUCCAUACAUUGGCGUCGAAAGAAGCCCCAAUGGAAAUGGCACCUGGAUCUAUUCCGAUGGCACACCGCUCACCUAUAGUAAUUGGGCUCAAGACGAGCCUAAACUCGGAAACGUUUGUGUUGUAAUGGAUCCAUCAAACGGCCAAUGGAAAACGAGCGAUUGCUCAGUGGCUCGUCCGUAUUUUUGUUCUUCUGAAACUGAAAAAACUCCCACUUGCUCACCGGGAUGGAAGUACUUUAACGAAACCGGGUUUUGCUACUAUCUGCAAGAUUUCACCUACUCAGAUGGUAUUCAUUGGCAGCUCUACAACUGGACAACCGCAGAGUCGCUGUGCCAGGGAAUGAAAGCUCAUCUUGUUUCGAUUCAUUCAAAAGCUGAAGACGAUUUUGUCUUUGACCUGAUCGCGUCAAACGUAGCGAACGACACAACAGCAGCAGGACUUCCGUGCAACUGGCAAUGGGCCUGGAUUGGUUAUUAUGGACAAGGAAUUUUGGGCGACAAUAGCACGUGGACUGAUCGAACACGAAUGGAUUACAAUGGAUAUAUGUGGGGAGCCGUUAGUAGUCCAUCAUUUUGGGUGAUGGGGAACGAUCAAUCUUGCUUCUAUCCAAAAUAUUGGGUUCCUCUAUCGUCGAACGGCCGUGAUCCGUACGCACGUUUUGUCUGCAAGAUAAAACCC